AUGAUCAGGUUGGAGUGAAAAUAUUUUCAUUGCUCAAAAUUUUAUUCUCUCAACUUUUCUCUCUUUUCACAGUUUUAAAUUGUUAACAAUUGUUAUUGCUCUACAAUCCAUUUACUGUAGUGAAGAUGUACUGCAAUUCAUUACUAUUGGCGAUUGGGGUGUUGAUAGAGAACCUGGCGAAUUAAAUGGCCAAUUAGAAGUUGCUCACAGUAUGGCUAAUUGGGCAAAUGGAAAUAGUCUGGAUUUUAUUCUAACAUUAGGAGAUAAUUUUUAUCCAGUUGGAGCAUAUAAUGUUACAGAUCCUCAAUUUGAUACAAAAUGGAGAGAUGUAUAUAUAAAACCAUAUCAAUCUUUAAGGGUUGAAUGGCAAAUUGUACUUGGAAACCACGAUCAUUAUUUGGACAAUGGGAAGAAUCAAGUUGAUUUUAGUCAAGUUGAACCUCUUUGGAAUAUUCCAAAAUUCUUUUAUUCCUUUACAAAGAAGGUUAACAGUCUGGAAGUUUUAUUUGUAAUUGUUGACACAGAGUUUAUGCUAUUUACAUCAAAUAAACAAGAACAAUUGAUAUUUUUAAACUCAACUUUAUCAGAUAGUAAAGCUGACUGGAAUAUUGUAGCCGCUCAUCAUCCUAUUUUUUCAACAUCUUUUCACGGUAAUCAUAUUGAAUUGAUCAACGAUAUGAGACCUAUCUUAAUUGAAAAUAACGUUGAUUUCUACAUCUUUGGACACGAUCACGUUAUGCAACAUCUUAAAGGUCCCAUCACUGAUCCAGUAGACUAUAUAGGAAGUGGUGGAGGUGGCCAAAUUCCAACUAUUCAAAUACCUGACCAUCUCGAAGAAUUAAAGAAAUGGAAUGCAACAUUAGAAAUGUAUAAUCGUUAUAACGCUUUCGUCGCCGUUACUCUAACAAAACAGACUGCAACUGUUGAUUAUAUCAAGGAAAAUGGAGAAAAUUUCUACAGUUUUGUCAAGACUAAAAACAAAUAAAAAGUUUAUACGUAAUUUGAAUUUUAAGAUACAUAAUUAGCAAGACUAUUUUGCCAAAAUUUGAUCAUUAUACACUGUUGAAAACCGUGUCCUCCUUGUCAGAUAAAAUGAUGAUUGUCUCUCACCAUUUUACUUGUUUUUAACUUGCCAGUAUUGUAAAUAAACAUCGUAAUUACUCUUUCAAAGACUUAUAACUUUAUAUCAAGUGAUCUAUUUAUAUAGCAGGGUCUUUUGUUUUAUUUUACUUGCUUAUACAGAAACAAAUGUUAUACUCAUAGCAAAUGACAGCAUUAUACAAUUAACAAUAGUACCUUCAAAAGCACAGAUUGCUGCUGUUUACAUCACUGUUACAUGCAGAAUAAUUCAAAGGUACAAUUGCAU